CGGCCGCUCGCUCUGCCCCGGCGCCCGCCUGCCUUCCCUCCUCUCGCCGCCUCGCCGCAGCCCGGGCUCCGCCGAGUCAAAGCGCGGAUCAGGUUCCCUGCCUCCAGUAUAAAGAUCUCGGCGAGAAAGCUCCGGCGAGAGAGAGAGCAGAGCCGGGCGUGAGGCGGCGGCCGGCGAGCCCGUCCGUGAGGAGCGCAGGGACGCGCGGCGGCAGAAGCAGCCGCUGCUCACCGGGGACGGUCGCGGCUCGCCCCUUUCAGCUGCGGGAGAAGAGCUUUUUGCCGCCCGAAAAUGCAACAGCAACAACAGCAACGUCGAAUGUUCACAGCUGCCCUCCUGGCACUCGUUUUCCUUCUGGCAGCUGUGAGUACCACUGAGGCUGGCAAGAAAGAGAAACCAGAGAAAAAGGCGAAGAAGUCUGACUGUGGGGAAUGGCAGUGGAGUGUCUGCGUGCCCACCAAUGGUGACUGCGGCCUGGGGACACGUGAGGGCACCCGCACUGGAGCUGAGUGCAAACAAACCACCAAGACUCAGAAGUGUAAGAUUCCCUGCAACUGGAAGAAGCAAUUUGGAGCGGAGUGCAAAUACCAGUUCCAGGCCUGGGGAGAAUGUGACUUGAACACAGCCUUGAAGACUCGGACUGGGAACCUGAAGAGAGCCCUUCAUAACGCUGACUGCCAGAAGACUGUCACUAUCUCAAAGCCCUGUGGGAAGCUUACCAAACCCAAACCUCAAGAAUCCAAGAAGAAGAAAAAGGAAGGCAAGAAACAAGAGAAGAUGCUGGAUUAAUGGAGUCAACCUGGGCAAUGUGAGAAAGGGACAUCAGAAAACAUGAUUAGUUAACAGUUUCAUUUAUACCUAGGCAUCUUAUCCUAAAAUUAUUUAUAGCUUAAUGGUACCAUAGAAGGAAAAAAGCAAACACACAAAAAAAUCACUUUUUUUUUUAUAUUACUUUAGUAUUUUUAAUGUAUAACCCUAACAACAACUUUUAGAGGCCUGUAAUAAAGGACUCCAAACUCAUUUAGAAAAUUAUUGUAUAUUGAAAAUGUAGAGGUUUUUAAUUUUUUUUUUCUAAAGUCUUGCCAUAGGUCUCAGUCUGGUAGUACAUGCAAGCAGAACCUGAGCCUGUGUGGGGCUCUGCUGAAGCCAGUGGUACCCUGUGUGAACAUAGCACUCUGGCUGGAUGCAUUUAUAUUUAAGAUUGGGACCUUAUAUCUGAAAAGUUGAGUCCUGUUUCUUAAUAUCUGAUUACAUCUGCAUAAUUGUAUGAAACUGUUUGUUUAAGGAAAGGAUGGGGGCAUUUUGUUGAGUAUUUACAAGUAUGGGAUUUUCUUGGGUGUGUGCUUAAUGCUCAUUCCAAAAUGUCACCAUCUACAGGUAAAAACCAGUAACACUCCUUUCCUUAACCAUAUUUUGAAUGUUGGCAGUAAAUCUAAAAUCUUUCAACAACUGGACAUAAAAGAGUCCUAUUUUUUCAUGAUUUCCUAGCAAUGGUUUUUCAAAGUGGAAUGACGACAAAACUUUCCACUUUUCAGCAUAUCAGUGUUGGUGGAUGGUGGUGUCCUCCAUUUCACCUAUCAAAGCUGAAAAAUGCUGUAUUUUAUUUGUUCAUUUUGACAGAAGGGGGAAAAUAAUUUUCAUAAAAGAUCUAGUUGAAAUUGUUGUGAUUCUGCCUAACCCGGCUCUCUUUUGUAUCAGUGGCAAAAUUCCUGUUGAUCUUAAUUAUAGCUGGUUAAAAACCAGGAUGUCUGGUGGGAAAUAAAAGAGAAAUCUGUUUGAAAACCACCAGAGGUAGUUCAUAUUUUUGACCAAAAAGGGGACAAUUUGCGGGACCUGAAACAAAGAGGAAUGAAAUAAUUUUUUGUUUAUCUUUCAGUAAAACAGAAGGGAAAUACAAAGCAAGUAUUUUUUGCUUUCUUCCACUUUUAUAUAAGCAAAAACCCUUGGGAAAAGCUCAGUCAACAUAAAAUUAGUUGUGAUUUUUUUUUUUAAUAUAGUCUGCAGGGGAAAAAAAAGAGAAAAAUUACAACCAGCUGUUUUUCAGUUUGUUCAGUUUUACCUGAUUUAAAUGAUUCUGAAUCCUAAGGGAAGUCACAAAGUAGAAAAAAGAUCUGACAAAUGGCUGGUCUGUCUCAAAGUAAAGGGCUGUUUAACAAGCUGACAACAAGUAGACCAAAAUUUUUAGAGGAAACAUAAGGGAUUUCAGUGCCCAGAUAAAGUUCAAAAUCAGACUUCAGAAUUCUAAAUGCUAAUAUUCAGCAGCAAGAAAUAAGCUUUGCUGCUUGUGUGGGCUGCAAGCUUGCCUGCUGGUCAAGAGAAGCAGUCUCCCCUGUACUCCUGCAUGGUACCCACUCACUUCAGUGAAGCUGCAGCUGGCUGUGUUCAUCUGAGUAAAUCACAUUUCUCUCUUGGGAUUAGCCUGUAGACAAGCAGAGUCUUUUUCUUUUCAUACUAACAUCACUCCCCUUUUCUAUGAGAAAGAAUUGUAACAACUGUAGAGCUUACCCUCUUUUUUCUCAUGCGGAGGGUACGGCUGAUCUGGACUCACAGUGAGGCAAGUCCUUCUGUUCCCAAACACUCCUGAAGCCUCCUAGCCAAGGCUGCACAUAGCUUAAAGUUGACUAGCCUCACAAUUUCCCAGACUCCUUGGGUGUGUUUUGCCGUCUGUGUUGAUGUCCUUGUUAUUUUGACCAUGCUGUUAGACAUACCUGAGUCUGUGGUAUAGUUAAAAGUGUCCCCCACACAUGGUGGAGGUGCAAUGACCAAAUCUAAAUCAUAAAGGCUCAUAUUUAGGUGGUUCUGGGUGCUAUUUGGUUUGUUCAUGGUCUAAUCAGGUCUACCUGUGCUUGUGCCUCAGACUUAAACUAAUGGUUUGGUAGGUCUGGUUGAAAGCAAAGGGAGAAGGAAACUUUUUUUCACUCACCAAAGGUUUGUCUGUCUACAUGCUGCAUCAGUUCACUUGAAGUGGCUCAACUUUGAGUGCCAACACUGUUGCACCAUUGUCUCACACUGGUUAAUCUAGUCCAUGUUUCAUAGGGAGCUGGCAGGAACUGGGAAUGAUGCUGAGAUCAACACUUUGAUUGUUGUUUAGCAAAUCUUAGAUGUGACUUCUUAUUUCCACCUCAGUGAGUAUAAAGAAAAUAAAUUCCCCUGUGUUUCCUCUGAUGCCUCGUGGUCCUUUUGUUUAACUGCCCAUCUGGCUUGUUAAAGGAACAUUCCUAAUAGAUUUUGAAGGAAGCCAGUCAGGUUCCUGUGGUGGCAUAGAGCCUUCAUGGAGAGAGUUUACAGAAAACAAGGAUACAAAACAAAAAAUAUCAUGUUAGGACCAGAAGAAAAUUCAGCAAAGGGUGUGAAAUAGGAGAACAUUUCUUAUGUAUGACUUGUCCACAUAUGUUCAUAUCUAUAUUGGCAUCUUAUUGUUGACAGCAAUUAGAGUAAUAGUUUACAAGCUUAGAAUGAAAAAAAUUUCCGAUAAGCCAGAAGAAAACAUUCAGUGGAAUGUCUAGCUAUGCAAGAGAUGAUAAAGUAAUUUAUGACAGAACACAGAGGAAGAUUGAAUAGGUCAGUCAGGUCAGCUCUAAAAGGAGGCUCCCAGUACCUAAAAGGAGCCCUUGUUUCACUAGUGACAUUAUCAAAAAAGCAAAAGGCAACAUUCUGAACAAAACCUCUUCCCACUCAUCUUGAUCAGUUUCUACUUCAGUCAUUCUGAAACUUCUCCAUAUUUGCUUUCUAAUCUUCUACCCUCCCUGCUUUAGGAGGGCAAGCUGGUCUGACAGUGCUGUGGGAGCAGCUACUUCAGAUGAAAACCGUGUUUACCCUCUUGGUGCUAUCCUAUCACAAUGAAAAAUCACUUAGCAUAGAUGUGUUGCUUACCUAGUUUAAUGGACAGAAAUUUGUUUCAUGAAUGUCCCUCUCGAGGAGUGGUUUACAUCUUCAUUUGCUACAGCUGUAAUGGAGUAUGGGGGGGUGAUAAAAAACCCCCAAAUGACAGCCUUUUUCUGAGUGUUCAGAUCUAUUAUAAAAGAGAUGGGUGAGUUGCUGAACAUCAGCUAUGGAUGAAUCUGCAUCCAGAUUUUGGAUUCCAGUGAGUUUAAACCUGAAUAUAUUUGGGUUUAUCUCCCUUCUCUUUAACUAAGCUGAGGCAAUGCUGCUUUCAGUUAGGCCUGUCUAUAUCUUGAUUUAAAACAGUAUUUGAGGACUGGGACAUUUUCUGACUUAGACUGGUCUUCUGACAGAAAUGUCCAGGUCAGCCUGGCCUAUUUAGAAGUCUGUUAAGUGCAGCAAAACUUCUGGGCAAGGCUCCAGGAAGGGAAAAUGUUUGUUGUACAUGCAGGUAGAUACUAAAUUGUAAUUUACUGAUUUUCAUCUUCUAAUUCCAUAAUGACAUUCUGGGCUGAACUGCUUUUCAAAGGAGAAAGUUAGAAGAAAUGAAAGAAUAACAAUUACAAAAUGCAUGCAGGCAGCUUUGGAGAGUCGGUUAAGAAAAGAGAGAUAGGAAAUCAGGAGCAUUUUAUACAAAUUUUUAUUCCCUGUUCCUUACAUGCAAAAGGCAGAAGUCCUGGUUGGCACAUUUGUUUUUUUAUGCUUUCCCUGAUUUGUGCCUUAAUGAAAAUGAAUCAAAUGUAAAGUGUUACAGAGAAGUAAAGUCCCACUUCAGCCUCAAAAGAAAGUGUUCAAGUGCAGACAAAGUCAAAAGGAGACAAUAGUAUACAGGCUAAUGUCAAUGUUGAGGGUGGGACAACGACCUAAUUUUCCCUCAAGUCUAGGAACUGCAGCAACAUUAACAAUGUAAACUCACCACUUUUCUAACGCAAUAUAUUGGUGAGGUGGACACCAUUUUGAUAUCCCACAGCAGUGGGAUUUCAUGUUUCCACAUGAAAAAUGUCUCCCAAAUCAUCCAGAAGGGAUGCAGUAUGUCAGUGGGGGGAGGUGUAUUGUAUUCAGUCCAUUUUAAUUCUCUAGGGCAGCACUUCUCUGAAGCUGAGACUGAGUUCUCUCCUUUGCAGAGACAGAUUAUACCUGUUGCCUGCCUUCCCACACUUCUCCAUAAUUUUGAUAGCAUUUAUUCUGUCAAUUCUGCUAAAGCACUCUUCUUCUCAGUUAAACUUCUGUGGAAGUUGAUGAUCUUUCCUCAUCCUUGAGACUAUAUUCUCCAUGUCUUCCUGGAUUGUUGCAAAACAGCCCCAGGAAGCCCAUACCACACAUUUCCUCCAACUGUGUCCUUCUGAAAUUAAAAGAUGCAGUAGCAACUUUUUAAUCACUGUAUGACAGUGAACAAGGAAGUAUGAUAAUGAGCAAAGAAAGAGAGUCCCUGGAUUCACUAGGAGAAUGGAUUGCUGGUGAAACUUUCCUCAUAACUUGACCACAAUUGUCAUGGCUCCCAGGGGACAGAAAUGAUCAAAUGAUCAUCUCAAAAAUUAGAGACAUUGAUGCAGGAGUGUCUGUCUUCAAACAAAAAAACACAGAAAACAGAAAACCACCUUAACUAGACAAAUAGCGACAAGCAGCUGUAUCCUUUACCACUGUCCUCUUUUAUUAUCAAGUUAUUGUGGUGCAUAGAGUUUCAGGGAUAGUGAAAGACUUGCCUGAGCAGGUAUGGAGCAUGAAGAGAGCCUCUUCCACCCAUGGAGAAGAUGUAGGUAAUCUCAUUCAUAGGAGCAUCAAACUUUGCUUUUGGACCAAAACUAAACAAUGCUGAAAUCGAAUAAUUUUCCUAAUGGCCCCUUUCUGCCACUCUUCACAAAUGACUGUCUGUCUUGUGGCCUCAUCACUCUGAACUGAGCAAGAAUCUGAGAAAGCAUGAGAAUUCAGCUAUAUUCAGCUAUUAUCUCAUUGGUGGGAUUGUACAAUCCUUUAGCCCUUUCUGCAGUUUGCCAUUUAAAUUUGGAUGUCUUGGAGUCCCAGAUAGGUAAAGAACUCUGUAAGUAUCUCCUAGCCUUUAAACCACUUGGCUUUGAGUGAGUUGUAUAUAUAUAAGCUCUACCUACAGAUUUGACUCCUUUCUUAAAAAACCCAUGAUAACAAACAAAACCCGCAACAAAACUGAAAACACGUCCAAAGAGUGGAUUUAUUGAUGAGCUAAAAACGGAGAUGCAGAAGUAUUCCCAUUGCAGAAGAUCACUGAAAGUUGCAGAAGAUCAUUGAAAGUUAAAGACUGUACAAAACCUUUAACCCUGAAUUCAGUGAUGGAAAGCUAGGAAAGUGGGCAGCCUCUGCAGGGCUGUUUUAUCCACAGACAGUUUAAUUCAAUUAAUUUUGCUGUUUGAACUCCCUCGCUCUAUUCUAUCUGGCAACAAGACAUUAUUUAACUUUUCUUAUUAUCAUUCAUUGCACUCCCCAUAUUACAAUCAUGUAGUUCAUCUAGACUUUCACAGCUGGAGGAAAUGGCUGUGAUAGUCCAGAGUGUGUUGUGGUUGCUGAGGUGGCCUGAAGCAGAGACAGGCUGCAGCUUGGAGCUAGAAUCCACCUAAUGCAGAUGUCAGCAUCAGACACAGCAGCUCUCUAAAUACACACACAUGCAUACUGCAUAUAUAUAUAUAUACACACUAUAUAUACUUUCAUACAUAGGGGAAAACUCUAGAAAGGUGCAUGCAUAACUCUAAAUGUGAAUCAUGACCAUUGCUGCCACAUUUUCAGGCUGCGGUUGAAAUGAAAGAGCUUUUUUCCCUGAGCUGUUGUUUAAGUGAGGAUACACAAGUAGGAUGAAGAGCUAGAUUUCUUCCCACUUGCCAGCACUUCAGUUUAAGGAUAGCUGUGUCCAAGGGAAAUGCAAAACACAUGCCAAUGUCAUGGCCAAAAGGACUUACUAUCACAGUGAUGUUCUCUUCUGUCACACCAAGUACACACAAGGGCUUUGCUCAAAGCUUUGAAGUGGACGAACUGCUUCAGUUAAUUGUGAACAAAUAAACACAGACAGGAAAAGUCUUUUUCUCUGCCAAUAAACAGUGAGGAAAAUGGGUAAAAUAAGAUGGAAAAGUAACAGUAAGAGAGAAAUCAUAUUAAUUCUUGUAGUUUGAGUGGUAAACCGAAAGGAGAAAUUAAAGUCAAAAUAACAAAGCCUGAAUAUCAUGUUCAAUGGAUUUCUAAUUCUGUAUAUAUCUAUUAAACCAGUGCUAUAUGAUAUCUUCUUAUGGGUUAUUUUCUUUUCCUGUUCCUUUUCCUUUUUUUUUUCCAGUUUGUAUAUUGAUUUUGUAAGCUAGCAGUGUGUUACCCUUUCAAUUUUUUAAAACUUGUAUGAAAGCCAUAUAUCCAUAUUGUAGAACGAAAGAAUUAAUCCUGUAACAUCCCUUGAUAUUUCCUUUAGCUCUGUGGGAUUUUGGGGGGCUCUAGCAAAUGUAUAUGUUUACCAAUUGUAUCAGCGUAAUUUACUUGCUCUUAGUGGCGAUAAAGAAUUAAAUAAACUAAUACACAGA